AGCAUUCCGUCGUCUUCGGCGACGAUCAAUCGAAGUCGCUGAAACAACCCUCUCGCAAAACCCUAAAUUCCCCAAAUCGAAUCUGAAUCGGAUGCUCCGGUAGACCUCCAUCGUCGACUUCCAUCUUCUGCUUCCCCUUUCUUCUCCUGUUUUCCUCUUUUUUUCCCGGUUUUUUUUCCCCUUGAUUUUUGUUUUAUAGCGUGUUAUGGAGAACCUGGAGUUGCAUAUGGACGACGACGUGAUGUCUCACAUCGAUCUCGAUCUUUUCUUCGACGACCUCCCGGAGGCCGGCGAUGUGCUCGGCGCUUGCUCGUCGACGAAUACGUCGUCUCCGGACUCGGGGCUCUCGUGGAUGGACGAGAUCGAGAACAUUCUGAUGAAGGACGACGAGGGCGACGGAGUUGGGGGCGGGAUGAGGGCCGAAUCGAGCCAGGAGUUCUGCGAUGGAUUCCUCGCCGACGUGCUCGUUGACUCUCCUGGGGAUGGAUGCGGUGAGAUAGUCGACGUGUCCAGCGACAAGGAGGAGCCGGGCUCGUCGGAUCACGGUGGAGUCGAGGCUGCGAAGGCUGGUGAGGCUAACGAUGGCGAUGAAGCCAGCGAUCCUGCGUCUAAGAAGCUCAGGAGGCAGCUGAGAAACAGGGAUGCCGCUAUCAGGUCAAGAGAGAGGAAGAAAGUGUAUGUGAAAGAUCUGGAGGUGAAGAGCAAAUAUCUAGAGGGGGAAUGUAGGAGGCUUGGGAGGUUACUUCAGUGCGUUAUGGCUGAAAACCAAGCUCUGCGUCUUAGUUUGCAGAACAGUGCAUGUGGUGCUAAUGUGGCCAAGCAGGAGUCUGCCGUGCUCUCGGAACCCCUGCCGCUGGGUUCCCUGUUUUGGUUCCUAUGCAUCACAUGCCUAUUUACCCUGCCGGCGCCACUCCUGUUGGCACUGGAAGCAGUGUUGCGGGAAAACGCAGGAAAGGGAAAUCUGAAACCUCUGGCUCGAACAAGAGGAGCAAGAAGUGAGAUGUUUGGAUCCUGUGGGGUACAAACCCGUGACAAGAGCAGAAAAUACAAAGCAUCGAGGACAAAGAUGAAGACAAGAUUUUUGUUGCCCUGGGUUUCGGCAUAGGUCGAUUCUCUCCUUUGCGAUUUUCUGACUGAUUUUCCGGCAUCGGGGUUUGUCUUUGUUUCUCGUCCUGUGGUUUAAAAUGGUGUGAGAUAUUGGAAGUAAUUGCUAGGAGAUGAGGACUUUGAGUAGAGAUCCGAGCUGCUAUGUAAUUCCCAUGAUCGGCCCGUAUGAUUUGAGCAGUUUCCUUUGCUAAGUCGUUCA